UCCACGACGUCGUCCUCCCCCUGUGUGUGUGUCUGCAACAACAGCAUGGCGCUAACUGGAGUGACAGCGGGGCUGGGGGGGUGAGUGGCCAGUAUGGCAGUGCCCCCCCCGUAGGGAGCUGUACCGUCUGCUACUGGCUCUGGUCCUAGUGCCCCCACCGCGAUGGCCCCCACCCCUCACCUGUACUGUUUCCAUACUCAGCCACGGGAGGAGGGAUAGGAGUCUGAAGGUAUCCUCCUUCUGUACAGAGGCCCUGACCAUAUGCAACUCCCUCCUCCGUCCGCGCACCCCCUCCCUCUCUUUCACCCCCCCCAGGCAUCCAACCUCCCCCUCCCCACCCUCCUAGGGGGGCCCACCCCUGGACCUCCCUUCCCCAGCUCCCUGGACAACCACCUACCUCUGGUUCUUCCAGGGCUCUCCGGCGGCCAGAGACCCGUUUUCAUCCGUUACGACAAAGAGGUCGAGGAUGUGGAGAUUUCGCUAGAGAGCGAUUCGGACGAUAGCGUGGUCAUCGUGCCACAGAGGAUGCUGAUGUUAGAAAGCCAAGAUGGCACCAGCGCUGCGGCCACUCUUCCCAGGUCUUCCUUAGCACCAGGUGGCGUCACACUCCCCGUGCCCUGUCCAGGGGGCGACAUCUCCCUCCCCCUUUCCAACGACCUUCCCUCUACCUCCCUCCCUCACCCUCUCCUCCCCUCCUCCACCAUCAACUUGUUCCCUCCAUCUCCGCUAGUCUCUCUGGUUCCCCCUCUCAACUCCACCGGUGUGGCCCAACUCGGGGAACCCUCUGUGGGGUUAGGAGUCGGGGCUGACUCCCUGCAUGGAGCCCAGCUCCAGCAGAUGUUGCUCCAGGGCAAGCCUCCAGCACCAGGUCAACCUACAGCACUGGGUCUCCCCAUACAGGUUCACCAGAACCAGUUAGCCCAGUCCAGCAGAGCCCUACAGCAGCAACAGCAAUCCAUUGACGAAGAUCACACUGUCAUUAAUAUCAACAGCUCUGAUGAAGAAGAGGAGGAGGGAGAGAUGGAGGAUGAGCUGGAAGAGGAGGAAGAGAGCGAUUUCCCAGAUCAGGAAGAAUAUGAUGAUGAAGAGCUUGAUGAUUAUGAGGCGGAAGAGGGGGAGGAUGAAGAAGAGGGAGAGAUUCGGCUGUUGGACGGAGAAGGGAGGAGAGGAGGGAUGGGAGGACGAGAGGAAGGAGAGGUGCUCAGAGGGUUGGCGGAGGAGGGAGGGAUAGGAGGAUUCCGAGUGGAGAGCGAGGGGGAAGGAGGGAUAAAGGCUCAGGAGGUAGAGAGCAUCGGAGUGCUGGAGGAAGAGGGAGAGGGAGAGGAGGAUGAAGGAAUGAAUGACCCGACCAUGCCUCAGAUCCUGUGUGUGACGGGCGGAGCUCAGAGAGAGAGAGAGGAGCUAGAUGAGGAAGAGGCCGGGCAUGGGCAGAAAGUGAGGUCAUGGGAGCAGAAGGGAGGCAAUCGGCCGGAGGGAACGUCCUCUUCUGAAGACGGUCCUGCUGCUCAACACCAACAGGAGGCGGAGCCUGCACCGGAAGUGAGGGUGGACGCUGACGAUCAGCCAUCCAAUCAGGAGGGAGAAAUAUCCAAACAGGGCGGCGACAAUACCGGACAAGAUAUGAGGUCAUCAACCGCUCCGAGGGAGACCAAGGGAGAGGGGCCUGAACGAGAGAAAGAAGGAAAAGAGGGAGAGGAUGGGAGAGGGAUGAAGAGGAAGAGAGGGAGAGGAGGAAGGAACAGGACAGGGAACAGAGAAGAAAAAGAAGCGAUGGCGUCCAUGCUAGCCGACUUCGUAGCCUGCCCUCCGGACAAUGUAGAAAAUGUGCCGUCUGCAUCCAACCGGCCAUCCUAAACCAGGCCAGACACGGCUCCAUCACAGUACCAUCAGAAAAACUCGAUUUAGAGCCUCUUCCAUAGUCUCACACAUUCUUUCAUUAUCAACAUACUGCUAACACAAUGUUCCAAACAUCAACACACUGAGGCUGGGUUUAGACAGGCACCCCAAUUCUGAUCUUUUUUCCACUCAUUUGUCUUUGUUUUAUUUUUUUUACACCACUUUUUCUCCCCAAUUUCGUGAUAUCCAAUUGGUAGUUCGUCUGGUCUCAUCGCUGCAACUCCCGUACGGACUCG